CGCUGAGAUUGUAAUGCAACGGAGCCCAAUCAAGCCCAGAUUAUGCCAUCUCAGCUCUCGCUUCCAGCGCACGCGGACAUGAGGACCACAUAAACGGGAUGGGCACAGAAACAACGCCGUUCUACUGAACCCGCUUGUUGUAGGCAGGAAUUGUAUUUUCUUCAGUCACUUCAGAUGGCAGAUCUUGAGCAAGGAGGAGCAGCCUCUCCCCGAGCCCAGCAGCUCUUCUGAACGCGAGGGAUCGGAUCCGAGAAAGCGCAGGUGUUUUCGGGGGGCUUUUGGCUGCCCUUGUGCUAGUCUCCGAGGAGGAGAGUGUCCAGAUUAUCAGCCGAUGUGCUCUGAAGGACACUUCUGAUAGUAACUGGCGAGGAAGAAGGUGGUAAAAAAAGCUGCUAACUGUGACAGUCGGGAGCUCGCGCGCAAGGCUCAACAUAUCACUGGAUUCUACGUGUAUACCUCAAAAAGAAAAAUGUCAUCUCAGACGAAGACUAAGAAAGACAAGGAGAUCAUUGCGGAGUAUGAGACGCAAGUCAAAGAGAUCCGUAAUCAGUUGGUGGAGCAGUUCAAGUGCCUGGAGCAGCAAUCAGAGGCUCGGAUCCAGCUGUUGCAGGACCUGCAAGAGUUUUUCCGGCGUAAGGCAGAGAUUCAGCUGGAGUAUUCGCGCAGUCUGGAGAAACUGGCCGAGAGGUUUUCCUCAAAGAUCCGUGGCCCUAGGAAAGAACAACACCUCCUCUCUUCGGUAAACUGCUGGUAUCUGGUUUUGAACCAGACUCGGAGAGAAAGCAGGGAUCACGCCACACUGAACGACAUCUACAUCAAUAAUGUGAUCGUUCGCCUGGCUCAGAUCAGCGAGGAUGUCAUCCGGCUCUUUAAAAAGAGUAAAGAAAUUGGCAUUCAGAUGCACGAGGAGCUGGUGAAAGUGACGAACGAGCUGUACACUGUGAUGAAGACGUAUCACAUGUACCACACAGAGAGCAUCAGUGCCGAGAGCAAACUGAAGGAUGCUGAGAAACAAGAAGAGAAGCAAUUUAGCAAAUCUGGAGACCUGAAUGUCAACCUCCUGCGCCAUGAGGACAGACCUCAGCGCCGCAGCUCGGUUAGGAAGAUCGAGAAGAUGAAGGAGAAGAGGCAAGCCAAGUACUCCGAGAACAAACUGAAAUGCACGAAAGCCCGCAAUGACUACUUACUGAACCUGGCAGCAACCAACGCAGUGGUAGCGAAAUAUUACAUCCACGACGUCUCGGAUAUGAUUGAUUGCUGUGACCUCGGCUAUCAUGCUAGCUUGGCGCGCACAUUAAGGACGUAUCUGUCAGCUGAGUAUAAUCUAGAGACCUCUCGCCAUGAAGGUCUGGACAUCAUUGAGAAUGCAGUGGACAACCUGGACCCUCGCAGUGACAAGCACAAGAUCAUGGACAUGUACAAUCAGGUCUUCUGUCCACCCAUGCGCUUUGAGUUUCUGCCGCACAUGGGAGAUGAGGUGUGCCAGGUUAGUGCCCAGCAGCCCGUGCAGACUGAACUUCUGAUGCGUUUCCACCAGCUGCAGUCCCGAUUGGCCACGCUCAAAAUUGAGAACGAGGAGGUACGCAAGACCUUGGACGCCACCAUGCAGACCUUACAAGACAUGCUGACAGUGGAGGACUUUGAUGUGUCAGAUGCCUUCCAGCACAGCCGAUCCACAGAGUCCAUUAAAUCUGUGGCUUCAGAGAGUUACAUGAGCAAGUUAAACAUCGCAAAGAGACGAGCCAAUCAGCAGGAGACAGAAGUCUUCUACUUCACUAAAUUCAAGGAGUACCUGAACGGCAGUAACCUCAUCAUUAAGCUGCAGGCCAAGCAUGACCUGCUGAAACAGACUCUGGGGGAAGGAGAAAGAGCUGAAUGUGGAACUACAAGACCCCCAACCCUCCCCCCGAAACCACAGAAAUUGCGGAAACCGAGGCCUCGUUCCAUCUAUAACCAUAAGCUGUUUAACGGCAAUAUGGAAAGUUUCAUUAAGGAUUCAGGUCAAGCCAUUCCUCUGGUGGUAGAGAGCUGCAUUCGAUACAUCAAUCUAUAUGGCCUGCAACAGCAAGGCAUAUUCAGAGUUCCUGGAUCUCAGGUGGAAGUCAAUGAUAUUAAAAAUUCAUUCGAAAGAGGUGAGGACCCUCUGGUGGAUGAUCAGAGCGAUCAUGACAUCAACUCAGUAGCAGGUGUGCUCAAGCUGUAUUUCCGAGGGCUGGAAAAUCCUUUGUUCCCCAAGGAACGCUUCCUGGAUAUGAUCUCCACCGUCAAGCUUGAAUCGUCUGCAGAAAGAGCCCACCACAUCCAGCAGAUCAUUGUUACCCUUCCUCGCACCAUCAUCAUCGUCCUGCGUUACCUGUUUGCUUUUCUCAAUCAUCUGUCCCAGUACAGCGAUGAGAACAUGAUGGAUCCGUAUAACCUGGCCAUCUGUUUCGGACCCACUCUGAUGCCCAUCCCCGAUGGUCAGGACCCCGUGGCCUGUCAGGCACAUGUUAACGAAGUCAUCAAGACCAUCAUCAUGCACAAUGAGAUCAUCUUCCCUAGCCCGCGCGAGCUGGACGGCCCCGUCUAUGAGAAGUGCAUGACUGGAGGAGAGGAGUACUGUGACAGCCCUCACAGUGAACCAGGCACCAUUGAUGAAGCUGACAACUGCACCGAACCACACACAAGCGAUGACGAAGUGGAGCAAAUUGAAGCCAUUGCUAAGUUCGACUACAUGGGUCGGACUCCUCGAGAGUUGUCUUUCAAAAAAGGUGCAUCCCUUUUACUGUAUCAUCGUGCGUCUGAGGACUGGUGGGAGGGCAGGCACAAUGGAGUGGACGGCCUUAUUCCUCACCAAUAUAUUGUAGUACAAGAUCUGGAUGAUGCGUUCUCUGAUAGUCUGAGUCAGAAGGCUGACAGCGAGGCCAGCAGUGGACCUAUACUGGACGAUAAAGCCUCAUCCAAAAACGAUCUGCACUCCCCAUGUGAACCUUCGGCUGAUUACAACUUCAGCGGGGUCAUGGGCCGGGUGAGGUUGCGUUCGGAUGGCUCUGCUGUUCCUCGACGCCGCAGUGGCACAGACUCUCACAGUCCUCCUCGGGACACCCCGCCACGGGCCGCCGCUUGUCCCAGCAGCCCUCAUAAGGUAGCCAUCAGCAGGAGCCACAUCGAGAGCCCUGAGAAGAGACGUUUGGGCACGUUUGGCAGUGCCGGCAGCAUUAACUACCCAGAGAGAAAGAUCUACCCUGAAGGUCACCCGCUCAGACCUGUGCCUGGAGCAACAAGACACAGCAGCCUCGGGGACCACAAAUCCUUGGAAGCCGAGGCUUUAGCUGAGGACAUCGAGAAAACGAUGAACACUGCACUUCAUGAGCUCCGCGAACUAGAGCGCCAAAACACGGCCAAACAAGCUCCCGACGUGGUUCUGGACACCUUAGAACCGCUCAAGAACCCAGUGAGCUCCGAACCAGCGAGUCCCCUACACACCAUCAUGAUCCGAGACCCCGACGCGGCCCUGAGGCGCAGCAGCAGCUCCACCUCAGAGAUGAUGACCACCUUCAAACCGGCUCUGUCUGCCAGGCUGGCUGGAGCCCAGCUCAGACCUCCACCCAUGAGACCCGUCCGGCCUCCGCCAACACAGCACCGCUCCAGCAGCUCCAGCUCCUCCGGGGUGGGAAGCCCGGCCGUCACGCCAACUGAAAAGAUCUUUCCCAACAACCCAAGCAAUGCUGCGGCUUCCUCUGCCAAUUCAGGAGAGAAACCUGGAACCAUGUAGCCCACGGUUUACAUAUGUUGGUGAAGGCUGAGCAGGUCUAUGAUGGAAAUCAAGUUCAGGAGUGGUUUUUGUUACUUUUCUUUGUUUCGGAGCCCUGAAGUGUUCUGGAGGUCAGCAUGUGAAGAUAGAAGUCGAGUCGGCUCAGGUGAUUUCCCAUUUUUAUUCAUCAUUUUUGAAUGAAACAAAAAGCCUAAAAUGAAAGGAAAACCUUAAGACAUUUCCAAGAGUAAAUUUCAUUCAUAUUAAUCUUUUUUUUAAUCAAUAAUAAUGAUUAGUUUUACCUCAGAAUUAAUAUUACGUUCCUUUUUUUGCCACCUUCUUAUUUUGAACUGAGGAGGAUUAAAGGAGUGGUUUCUAUUCGUUUCUCUCUGCACUGGUUGGUCAGAGGGUUCUGUACUCUCAUUGGAGGACUGAUCUAACAAGCCCUUCCCUCCAGAACUGGAACGUGUGUGUAUAUAUAUAAUAGAAAAGCAACUGUCACUUAAAGACAGUCUAGCCUUUGAGCUGUUGUAAAUAGAGAUAUACUGUACUUGAAUUGUAAUGCCUUUGGUUUGUAGAUUAAGCGAUAUACUUCUAAGUAACGAAAUAGCCGAGCUGUAUACAUAUAUGAGAUGCAGAAAACCCAAUAUACCAACUAAUUGUAAGAAACCUGUGGUAAAAUAGUAGAUUUACUUGUAUAUACAUUUUGGGGUAGAUUCUUUUUUUAUGUGUCGAUCUUGUACAGCCGAGGACAAGAGCAGGCAAGGAGACUAGAACGACAACAUUUGCGACCAGUAAGUAAACAAAUGAUGUUAUCUACAGUCUGAGCCAUUCGUAUUAGUUUGGGGAGUGUUUUAACUUUUCUUCCCCCCCCCAAAAAAGCAUCAGUGGAUUUUCAGUGUUUCAUUCUUGAUGGCAUUCACAUGAGCUCUGUGCAAGGAUUCAUACUGGAAGUUAGAAUAACCUAAAAAUAACCAAAUGGAACGCAAGUGCUUUAAAACACUGAAUUGGUAGGGGAAAUUUGAUUAAUUAGCAUUAAAAUAUUAACAUAGCAAAUUUACAAAAGAAAACACAAAAUACAGGUCACAUUUUCAUAUGCAAAAAAUGCUUUCAUCAUUUUUCAUAUUGUUUUUAAGAUGAUUUAGACAUGUUUUUGUGAGGUUCAACCAACAACAGUCUUGUUUAUAUCAGAUAUAUGACGCCAAGCAUAUUGUCCUGUGCAAAAGGUGAUGAAUUUGAAUUCAUAUUGCAGGUUCUUUGGUGAGAACUGAUCUCUCAGUCAUCCACCUAAAAACACUUGUCAGACAUGCUGUAUGGUGCAAAGUAAAUCAUAUUUUCCAGUGUUAUUAAUGAUAUAAAUCCAUACCACAUUCUCUCUACUAGUCAGGUCCACACCUUUCCAUUCAUUCAUUCAUUCAUUCAUUUCCUUUGGCUUAGUCCCUUUAUUCAUCAGAGGCUGGCAAAACAGAAUGAACCGCCAACUUAUCCAGCAUAUGUUUUACACAGCGGAUGCCCUUCCAGCUACAACCCAUCACUGGGAAAGAUCCAUACAAUCUCACAUUCACAUACACUAUGGCUAAUUUAGUUCAAUUCACCUAUACUGCAUGUCUUUAGACUGUGGGGGAAACCAGAGCACCGGGAGGAAACCCACAAGAACACAGGAAGAACAUGCAAACUCCACACAGAAAUGCCAACUGACCCAGCCGGGACUUGAACCAGUGACCUUCUAGCUGUGAGGCGACAGUGCUAACCACUGAGCCACCGUGUUGCCCCCAAACCUUUCCUUUUAUCUUAAAAAUGAAGUAGCCUUGACAAUAAUAUAGUACAAAACAAAUCUAAAAGUAGUUCUCAGUUUAUAUGUAAAAUAUAUUUACGGAUAUAUUUUGAUAUUUUGCUUUUGGGAUUAGACUGUAAAAAUGCUGGGUUCCAUGCAAUUUGUGUUGAGAAAACAUGAAGGAAUUAAGUUAACUUCAUUUUUUUAUACAAAUUUAAGUGGAUUGAACGUAAAACAAUUAAGUUGUCCUAAAAAAAAAUCAAGAAUUAUGUUGUUUCAGCUCAUUUUAUAUAAGUACCCAGCAGGCACACAACAUCAUAAGACAUUAAAAUUAGGUUAGAUUUAGGUUAUGACAUCAGGUGACCAAAUUUCAAUAUCUAGGCAACGUUAUCCAAAAUCAACAACAAAUUACGUUGAUAUUUGGUUGAUUUUAGGUUGUGUUGGAAAAUGACCAAAAUCCAAUGUCUGAUAGAUGUCAGAGUGGUAACAUCCACACAAUGUCAAGGUGUAACAUGAUUAGACAUUAAUAUUUGGUUGAUUUUAGGUUGAUUUUACCUUAGACAUUGACGUCGGUCUGACAUUGGGAUGUCAACCCGAUUUUAAAUUCCCACGACGUUGGGGUACAGCGUCAAUAAGACGCCAUGUUGACAUUCUGUGCUUGCAGGGUAGUUUGAACAAAGAGCAAGCGUCAUUUUAUUUAGUGUAUCCUGUUAUCAUU